CUGGCCUCGCUGCAGGCCAAAGAGCGAAGCAAUGCAUCAUGGCGGUGGUGCAUUACGCAUGUACCCCCUACUUGGCCGAGGCAGCGCGGCAGUAUGACGCCGAUGAGUAGGGAGUACCAAAGCCGCCCUCCCGCGUACUCCGUGAGCUUGGCUUGCCCUGCCCUGUACUGGUGUUUACGAACACUCGGGUUGUGGUUGUCAUCUCAGUGUAAUCUGCAUCUGCAUCUGCACAUGUUGGCACCCGUCCACCUCGAGCAAUACCAAUACCUGCGUGUCGUGUGUAAUCCCAAUGUAAUACAUCAAAUACUUUUACCGGCAGCUCGGAGCACAAGGUUCACGGGCUAUUAGUGACGGCACUCGUAUCAAUACCUGGCCAAGGCGCCAGCGCCGAGCGAGCAGCGGCCGCCAACCGCAAAGCAUAGAACUGGAUAUUGAUUCGGACUGCUGCUUCGUACUCCAUAUUUCGUAGUCCAUGCUACUAACUGACCUA